UGAAAAAGAAUUGAAAUUAAAUUGAUUAUGUUGGUUUGAAGUGACUAUCCUACCUAUUUUGGUUUGAACUUACUUGUUGAUGAUUUACUCUGGUCAACGUACAACGGUUAAAAUAUUGUAGUGGUCUUCUAAAGUUCUAAAUUUGUAUGUUAUCCAUUACAUGAAAGAUUCUAAUUAGUUGUAAAGCUUAGAUAAUCCCCCAUUCUUUGUAAACACUACUCUUUUUUAAAGCUGAACAAGUUUUGAUAAAACAUACUUAUAUCUAAGAAGGAUCAUGGGAAAAAUUGCUUUUAUGAUACAAUCAUGAAACUUAUUAAUCUCGUUUUAUGAUGGGGAUUUAAAAAGAUUUAUUUUGUAAGUGUGUAAGUGUUAUUGGAAGAAUAUGGACUUUUACAAAACAUCUGACAAAAAAGGUUCUUGUAUUACUGAAUUCUUAGUCCCAUUCAAUUAGUUAUAGUAUUUACUCAUUGUUAUCUAACCAAUUAAUACAAAAAUAAUUGUCUCUUAACAAAUAUUAAUUUUAACAAAAAAAUAUGACAUGAUAAAUUCCCAUCUGCAAAUGUUCAGUAUCAACGUUAUCGUGAGGGGCGGCUCCGAGAGUCGGGUUUCCAUUGAAUCUGUGUUAGAGCCUGUCGUGGGGCAGCAGUCAUUGUUGUCUCGACCAUGUCCCCGCGAGGCAGGCUGCCCGUAGUGUGCGCUCUACUUGUGCUGGUUGUGACCCACGUCGCCAGUGACUGCCCCCCAGAACGCGAAGAACAAACCCACAAUGAAGCGAAACUUCACAAGGAUUUGCUCUGUGCCUACAAUUACGACUUUCGGCCAGUCAAAAACCAUAAAGACACAGUAACAGUAAAAGUUCGAUUUGCGAUUAAGUACAUCAGCUUCGACAAUUUAGAAGAAACCUUCACACUUCAUAGCUGGGUGGCCAUGACAUGGAAAGAUCAACUAUUGGCGUGGAAUCCGCCUGACUACGGUGAUAUUAAAGAAACACAGAUGGAAAGCCACGAAAUCUGGACGCCGAGGAUGGCACUGUUCAACGCUGAUGCCACCAUGUACCAAUCAGAUCAGAUCUAUACCACAUGCCUAUUGGAGUCCGACGGCACGGUAAAAUGUGUUCCUCACGUUGCGCAUUCAGGCAUUUGUCGCACGUCGUUACGAAGCUGGCCUUAUGACGUGCAAAACUGCACAUUGUAUUUCGGAUCGUGGAUGACCACAGGAGAACAAGUUAAUUUCACAUUUUACAAUAAACAACCGGUUGUACAAGAUGACUACCAAGAUGGACCAGGCUGGAAAUUGCUGCACGUUGUGAAUGAAAGAUUACCGGGUAAAUACAGUUGUUGUCCUAACAGCACGUACCCGAUGUUAAAAUAUACAUUUGUCCUGAAGAGAUUAGCGGCAGGCCCGGCGGCUAUCGUGGUGGUACCUUCUGUAGUUAUUGUGCUCCUAACCCUCGUAUCCCUUGCGAUGGAUGCGAAAGACAACACGCGCCUAAUGUUGAUUUGCUUCAGUUUGUAUGGGCAUUUUAUGUUUCUUACCGAAGUUGGUUACGAAAUCCCCAAACACAGUUCUGACACACCCAUUAUUUUGCUAUUCCUGCGCGAUUCGAUGAUAGUGACACUAGUUGGUAUAAUAGAAACGAUAUUUUUAAUGUACCUGAGGCGACGAGUGUCUCCUGCGCCAGAUUUUAUUAUAGCAUUGAAUCGGUUGGUUGCAAAAGUUCCAGGCAAGUACGUAAUAUUUUCAGAAUUUGAUCCAAGCGAUUCCAUGGACACUAAAGACCUGACCGGCCAUAGUUCCGACAUCACUUCGGAGAACCCGCCUGCAACUGUGGAUUGGCCACGUUUUGCCUUAAUACUCAACAGAAUUAACUUGAUUGUAGUGUUGUUCAUUUACUUAAUUUUAAUUGGCACUUACAUUCCGCGUGAUGAUUAAACUAUUGAAAUGAAUUUACCUAGAAUACGAAUCUAAUUUCUAUAUACCAAUACAUGUUAAGAAUUGGAAGUAAGUGAAACCUCUUUCUGUAAACAAAAAUGAGUGAAUAAAAGUUCGUAAUUGGA